CUCGUCGACUCCGGCACCGUCGGUGGUGCCGAACCGCGCUCCCGCAGCGCCGAAUGUCGACCGCCCCGGCCACGCGCUCUCCGCCCGGUCGAAGGCGUGAGCAGCAGCAGCAGCAGCACCCCGGAACCACCACGACCGUCGCCGCCGCCGCCAACGCCCGUAGCUGACUUCGGCGGCAGGGCGGAGGAGAGCUGCUCCGAUGCGAUCGGUGUGAAAGUUCGCAACAGGAAACGCGUCGGGCCGAGGAUGUAGCGAGACGCAGAGGCCGGUCAGCCAGCACAGAAGCCGCGACGAACGAGUGCAGAGGGAGAAGAGCGAGGAGGGUCCAGCCAUGCUGACCGCGGCCAGCCUGGAGUCCCUGCUCCUGCAGAUGCUGGACCGGCUGGACUCGCCGUCCCCGGCCGGCGGACGCCACCGCGCACGCCAGCGCGGCGGCCGCUGCUCGCUGCGCGCCGAGAUCCGGACGCUGGACCUGUGGCGCGCCGUGGUGGGCGAGUGCCUGGCCACGUUCUUCUACGUGUUCCUCGUGUGCGGCGCGCACGUGUCGUGGCCAGGAUACGCCGAGCCCUCGGUGCUGGCCAUCUCGCUCGCGACCGGAGCCGCCGCGGCGGCGGUGGUGCAGUGCUACGCGCGCGUCUCCGGCGCCCACAUGAACCCGGCCGUCACGCUCGCGGCGUUCGCGACGCGCAAAGUGAGCCCGCUGCGCGCCCUGCUCUACGUGACGGCCCAGUGCGGCGGGGGCAUCGCCGGAGCGGCGCUCCUCUACGGCGUCACACUUCCGGGCCACCGGAGUUCCCUGGGAAGCAGCCGUCCCCACGAGGCACUGGGAGCCUGGCAGGCGUUCGGCGUCGAGUUCGUGCUCAGCUUCCUCCUCGCGUCCACGGUGUUCGCUACGCGGGACCCUCACCGAUGCCACCUGUCCACGGGAGGCGCGGACGCCCUGGUCGUCGGGUUCGCCUACCUCACCUGCACCCUGGCCGGGCUACCGGCUUCAGGAGCUUCACUGAACCCAGCGCGUUCUCUCGGUCCUGCCUUUGUCAUGAACAAGUGGAAAAAUCACUGGGUGUACUGGUUCGGGCCCGUGGCCGGAGGCCUGUUGGCCGGCCUCAUCUACGAGUACAUCUUCGACACCAAGAGAUCAAGCCGGGAAGUGGGGAGGCGAAGCGUCGAGGACGCCGACAAAGAGUACCGGCUGGAGGACGACUACGAGGACCCAUCCAGUGCAAAGAACGCAAAGUACGCGACCGUCUCGCAGAGUCUAAACGGAGGUGUGGCCUCAGGGAGCACAGCGCGGCACGCUCGCGCUGCGAAGGCCGUCCGCCAGCAACAACAGCAGCAGCAGCAGUCGCAGCAGCAGCAGCAGCAGCAGCAGUACGAGGCCGGCUGCUUCGGCCGGCCCGCUGCGAACACCUACUCGCCCACGCCGUCUCUGGCCUUCCCAUCAUGCACCGAGGCGGCCUACGCGAGCACUCUUGCAGCCGCAAACUGCACUGCGCAAAUCUACGACCUGGAGAUGCCUUCCGGUCACUUUCGGCGCGCCUGGAGUACGGACAAGGACCUCGACCUUCAGGACUCCAAGUUGUAUAUAUAAUGUACAGUGCCAGCGCGAUGUGUUGGAGCGGAUAAGGUGCCGGUUGCUCCAAAGAAAACUCCGACGAAGAUGUAGGAAGUGCACGAUCCGCGAACUUUCUCAUGUACAACGAACCAUGUUAUUUCAUGGGGUGUGGCGUGAAGACCUCACCGGGAUAUUUAGCCGCCUCGAAGGCCUUCGUUAGUCAAAUAAAUCGUUCUUCACUGAGGACACUACGUGGCUCCAAUACAAAGUUUAGAGGUUCUUGUUUUGGUGUGCUCUCCAGCCGAAGCGAGCAUCGUCCCGCAGUAUCCAGUGAACGCACGCGAUCAACGCAAAGCCCAAGCUUCUCACUGCUGUCGUCUGCAAGACGACCAAAAAGGCUUACGCCCCCGUCGUAUCGUUUCCGAUUCCUCGGCCCCUCGACGAAUAGUGCGUGGUUUGCGACAACGUGCACAGAUAGAAAACUAGUGAGUGCAGUGCACAAUGUGCCGGGAAAGUGACUCGACGCCUCGCCUUUGACAUCAAUGUGCUGUGUACAGUGUAUCACCGACGUAUUAUAUCAAGAACACGAUGUCGCGUCACCACGCCCGCAGAUGGAGGCGAAGAUAUGAGUUGCUCACGUGACUUGCGACGCUAACGCUCCGUUUGCGAACUUCUUGUGGGCUGUCAGUCAGACUACGAGUGCGACGUCUGCUCCGAACAAGCGUGGUCUCUAUACUCGGUGACAGUCUAAAAAUUUGGUAUUCAAGCUUCGCCCACAAAACCGCAGCGCAGCCGACCUGUGUGCCUACGCGCUUCACAGCAUAGUUGAUUGAAGGAUGGAUUUUAUUGGUGCAUAGGCAACAUCCGCAAAUUCCAAAGAGCACCCGGGUCACGAUGUCAAAGCGUAGUUAUCGACAGAGAUGCCAACGCCGAAAGAAGUUCACCUCUCCGCUGUGACGUAACUGAAAUGAGCGGACGUAAUUGGCUGGCGCAUCUGCACAAUUUCUCUAAGCUGGACAGCGGCGUAUCCGCCACUGCAUUCUUAGGCUGUCGCCGAAUAUAGAUCUACCACAUUAUGCAAGCGUGCAUGACACAUGCGCAUAUUGUGCGACUGGAAUCCUGUAACAUAAGAAGCGCAAAACCCCGCCGAGACAUGUGCAUACGUUUUCUUUAUAUUCCUUUUUGACAACUUCAAGAUUUAGGUUUCGUUUGGAACCUAAUUCGAAUUCAGAGGGCAAAUUCAGGACCGUCACUGAUACGCAUAUCCAUUUACGUCCGUUUACGUUAAUUACAAUUCAGAUGUGCAUGAAAAGAAGCAGGUGCGGCUGCUUUUUACUUUACAGAGCUAAGCUGGACAGCGGCGUAUCCGCCACUACAUUCUUAGGCUGUCGCCGAAUAUAGAUCUACCACAUUAUGCAAGCGUGCAUGACACAUGCGCAUAUUGUGCGACUGGAAUCCUGUAACAUAAGAAGCGCAAAACCCCGCCGGGACAUGUGCAUACGUUUUCUUUAUGUUUCUUUUUGACAAAUUCAAGAUUUAGGUUUCGUUUGGAACCUAAUUCGAAUUCAGAGUGCAAAUUCAGGACCGUCACUGAUACGCAUAUCCAUUUACGUCCGUUUUCGUUAAUGACAAUUCAGAUGUGCUUGAAAAGAAGCAGGUGCGGCUGCUUUUUACUUUACAGAGUUCUCUAGCGAGCGUUCCUCGAUUCACGCCCAUCAGGAUUCGAAUUUCUCGCUUUCGUGACACGUACUAUGCCAUUCCACGCCGAACGUGAAGUGUAGCUGCGGCCCCUUCAGAUGCGCUACCCCGUGGACGUUAGCUCAACCCUCGCCAUGCCCAACCGCAACCCAGACUACGCACGAAACUUUUUUUUGUGUGUGAGACUGCGUGAUAUGCAGUGAAAAGAACCGCGGCACUGUACUCAUCACCGGGAACCUCAGUUCAGUGCAAUACAGAGACUUUCCCUACGGACUCACCUGUGCUUUAGGCGUUCAUAACCACCUGCAGCGUUCAACCUUGGUGUUCAACGAUUUCAUCAUGCAGCCGCGCUUUUUCUUUGCGGUGUAAUCUUAUUGAGGAAACCCAAUAUCUUUACCCUUUUGAAUGCUAUUCUUUUCAUCUUCUUUCAUUUUCAUUUGUUAGUUUUUUUAUAUAUUUAGUUAACUUUUUUUUUUUAGACAAGACGUACCUCGCCCAAGUUGUUUGGUAACUUACUGCUACAUGUCUCCACAACAGUUGGUGACAUCUUUCAGCCUAACGAUGGAUGGAUGGAGAGGUGUGUGGGGAAUC